UCCAGGACCCGGCCUACGCCUCCUUCCUCUUCGAUAAGCUCCAGCGUCUCCAGUGGCCUCGUCGUGGCCGCCAUGCUUUGGUCGACACCCGCUGCGUCGUCUGCGGCGCCGCCUUCCACCAGCUGAGACGCCUCGCUCUGCGCCGCGCUCUAGGCGUCAGCAGGGAGAUGACGCCUCGCCCCGCCACGCCCACCGUCACCGCCCACCCCGCUCGCCCCGCCUCAGGGAGCGGCUGGGAGGGCGAUGAGCUGCCGGGGAAGCAGCAGAGAUGGUCGUAUGAGGAGCAGCGUGAGGGCGGGGCUAUGUGGGGAUGGGGCGGAGUUCAGAGCACCUACCUGGGAGGGGGCGGAGCCAGGGGGCUGGCCACAGUCACGCCGCUCCCCGUGAACACACAGCACCACCUGGAGGGAGUGUGGAGAGUCUCCUGCAGACCUGAACAACCCACUACGGGCUCGGCUUCAGGUGGAGUUCAUGUGACCAUGACGAGUUCGACUCACAGCAUCGCCACCCAGACCAGCCAACCAGUGUCUGCUGCAGCCGCCUUCUUCAUCAGGGCGGCUCAGAAGCUCAGUCUGUCCCGCAGGAAGAAGUCCCAGCCGGGCGCCGCCUCCUCGCCCGGCGAGGCCCCAGGGCCUCUGCUGUACACCGGGGGCUUCAGCGGGGCCCUGCAGCUGUCCCCGCCCGCCGUCCCACCAUGCCUCCUCCGAGCAGUGGCAAAGGUCAAGGACACACCGGGGAUGGGGAAGGUCCGGGUGAUGGUUCGGAUCUGCUCAGUCCGCAGCAGCGAGUCCUCAGAGUCCAUGUCCCUCCUCAAAGUGGACAGCAGGAAGAAGCAGCUGACUCUGUGCGAGACGACGGCGGGAGUCGCCACCGCCGCCGCCCAGAGACGGUCCUCCCCCUCAGCUCCAAAGACCUUCAUGUUCGACGCCGUCUUCUCCCAGGAUGCCUCGCAGGCGGAGGUGUGUUCUGGGACGGUGGCUGAGGUCAUCCAGUCGGUGGUGAAUGGAGCGGACGGAUGCAUCUUCUGCUUCGGACACGCUAACCUGGGUAAGACGUACACCAUGAUUGGCCGGGACUGCUCCACUCAGAGUCUGGGCGUGGCUCCGACGGCCGUGUCGUGGCUCUUUAAGGUGAUCGAGGAGCGCAGGGAGAAGUGUGGAGCUCGGGUCUCCGUCAGAGUGUCCGCCGUGGAGAUCUCCGGUCGGGAGGAGACGCUCACCGACCUCCUGGCUUCCUCAGCGGGGGGCCACCACCAGGAGGAGGUGUCCCUGCAAGAAGACCCUCUCUGCGGAUCCCAGCUGCAGAACCAGACGGAGCUUCGUGCAGCCAACGCCGAGCGGGCGGCGUUCUUCCUGGACACCGCCCUGGCAGCGAGGAGGAGCAGCCAGGCACCGAGCGACCAAGAGGCCCGGAGGAACUCGCACUUCCUGUUCACCCUUCACCUGUACCAGGAGAGGCCGGGCAAGAGCAACAAGGCAGCGCGUCAGUGUGUGUUUGAGUUGUCCGGGCGGAGCCGUCUCCACCUCCUGGAUUUGGGAAGCUGUGAGACGGACAUCAGCAGGACCCGAGAGGGAGGUGGUGAGGAGGGAGGUCAGUGUCUGUCUCUGUCUGCGCUGGGAAACGUCAUCCUCGCCCUCGCCAACGGAGUCAAGCACGUUCCCUACAGGGACAGUAAGCUCACCAUGCUGCUCAGUGAAUCUCUGGGAAACAUCAACUGUCAAACCACCAUGAUCGCACACAUCUCCGACUCCCCGGCCAACUACAUGGAGACGCUGACCACAGUUCAGCUGGCGUCCCGCAUCCACCGCAUGAGGAAGAAGAAGUCCAAGUAUGCCUCCAGCUCAUCCGGAGGGGAGAGUUCCUGCGAGGAAGGCCCGUCCUAUCGGCCUCCUCAUCUGCGACCCUUCCACCCUCGGACCGUGGCCCUCGAUCCGGACACGCCCCUGCUGCUCUCCAGUGACCCUGACUAUUCCUCCAGCAGCGAACACUCCUGCGACACCGUCAUCUACAUCGGGCCCGGGGGGAAGCCUAUCCCGGACCGAGAAUUGAGCGACAAUGAAGGACCUCCUUCGUUUGUUCCAAUCAUUCCCUCCCUGAACAAAAAGCGAGUCAAAGAUGCACCGCGGUCUGACGGUGAUCACUUCAAGUGUAACACGUUUGCAGAGCUUCAGGAGAGACUCGACUGUAUUGAUGGCAGCGAGGGCCCGGCUACCUUCAGCGCAGAGGGCAAAGCAGCAGCACUCAGGACUCAGACUGGAGCUACCAAACCCACAGAGGCAACAUCACCCCCCAAAUCUGACCAGAACUCCUCCAGCUGGUUUGUAGAAAGCACAAAUAAACCUGAUCAGGAACAAUCCCCUUCUGCCAGCACCCUCAUGAACACUUCCAAACGGACUAGUGCAGACGGAGAGAAGCUUUCAGCCACCCCCUUUCAGCCUUGUGUUGUGAGGUCCAGUGGGACUUUUUCUCCGGAUUCAGAGCCUGUGGUGCGAGAGAAGGUCUACAUCAAAGGAAGUGUACCCAAGCCGUCAGCCUCACCGUCCUUACCCAGGACAUCCAGGGCAGCAUCUCAGCCUGGCGAGGUUAUCGGUAGGACUCCCCCAGUGGGUAUGAGUCAACAAGCACUGAGGCAAGGACAACCAGGGGAAAGGGUCCCUCAUACAAGCAGAUGCUCCGUGGAGGUCAACAAUCUCCGGACGUCUCUGUUAGGAAGAUGCCUUGACAGGGAUUUCCUGAGGACUACCGUGACUCUGCAGCAGCCUGUGGAGCUGAAUGGGGAGGAUGAGCUCGUGUUCACAGUCGUAGAGGAGCUUCCUCAUGGCUUUGUCCCAGACAAUGGCCGUCCCUCCAACCUGCUCAGCUUUAAUAGUGACUGCUCUCAGCUAGCUUUAGCCUCUGGCUCUCACCCUGUAAGCAUCAUCAGCAGUAUUAACGAUGAGUACGACGCUUACACAUCUCAGCAAGGAGGGGUGGGACCUGGACCUGGUGUUAGCACCGACCGCCAGGAAAUGUCUUCCCGACAUGGGAACAAGCAGUCAAUUGUUGACUCGUGGUCACGUGAAGUGAGUGAUUUGGAUGAAAGUGAAGGAAGUCCUUCAACAAGCAGCCGUGUCAGAAACAUGGCAACAGAGAAUGUGUCCACGCUAACCUCGCCAAGCAUGUUUCAGCCACUCUUACAACAUGGCAUCAAGAGCUCUCUGAAUGACAGCGGCUGUUUCUCAGAGAUGGACAGUAACCAUGCUACUCCAAACAAACCUACCUUUGCCAAGUGUCCUCCCUCCUCCGACUCAACCAAAGCCUCUUUCAAAGGCUCUCUCAAGACGAGAGGCAAUACUUUAAACCCUUCUGUGUCCGCCCAGAUUCCCCAUCAUGUCGCCCAUUCCAGUCUUCCCAGGAAAACCAAGCCUACCUCAUCUGCAACUGUGGGCUUCAGAAGACAGGAAGGCAGACAUGAUGACUCUUUGCUUCAGGGAAGCAGUGACUUUGAUCCCAGAGAGAUGGAGUUUCUCUCUGCAGGUAAGCCAACAAGAAGUGGCAUGAGCAGCGUUUUCUUGAGGAGGCCCAGAGGGAACAGUAACAGUGUACCUCGCCCGCCAAAGGCGGCAGCGCCGUCUUCAGCUCAGAGGAUUGUGGAUGGUUGUGAGAGGUCCAGCAGGAAGGAAGACACUCUCAUUAAGCUGCCACGACUCACGCGAGGGGCAACAACCCUGGGAACUGUUUCUGUUCCCCAGAGUCAUGAGGGUACUUCGUUAUCAGGUACGCUGAGGUUUUCAUCCUUGAGGAAAAAGUCAAAUGGGCAGAAAAGCAUUGUGACCUCCAAGUCUGGAAACUUAUCUCCUCCUGCUCCACCUGUGAGACAGUCAAGCCAAGAACAAAAGACAAGGACUGCUCUGUCUCCAAGUGCCUUAAAAGUAAGCUGCAACAUUGGAAAGUCCUCAUUCCCUAAAACAUCGACCUCAGAGGAAGAAUUCAACAUGAGGCUGCGGGCGGAGUCGUUUAUCCACAGGACGUCUACCGUAAAACCUGAGCAUGGUUCUGCCAGGACAUCUUCAAGCCUGAAGACACGCGGGGCUAAAGCAGAGUCCUCCAGGUACUACGGGAGUCUGAUGUCUCUGGAGAGAUGUGACAGUCAAACCUUAGCCGGGUCCAAGCCUGAACUGUUCGGGGAGAACAGUGGUGCUACUUCAGGAGGUAACGGUAGAUCCAACAGAUCCGUGCCAAGGCUCGGUAUUCCAGCCUCCACCUCCACGUCUGCCUCUCCUUCCCAGGUUUCUCCUGGUGUCUUUGCAACUACAAGUAAACUUGGGCAGGUCAAAGGCAAUAGCAGCCCACGAGCAGUGGUUUCUGGUGGAUCAAAGGUUCGGACCCUGUCUACCAGUAGCUCCAAGAGCUUGAGCUCCUCCCCUAAACCUCUUGAUAAUGUAGCUGGACGCAACGUCAGCCUACCUCCACCUGGUAAGUCUCCAACUCGGUUGGGGACAGGAGCUAAGAUGGGAAGAGGCACCAUCAUGGGGACAAAGCAGGCCAUCAGCAGGGCGGCCAACAGCCGGGUUAGUGAGCUCGCCAUUGGGAGCCAAAGGAAGCAGCUCAACCGGGCCCCUGGAGUAACGGGAAGCGAUAGCACUGACAGCGGGACUAGCAGUGUCAGUGGAUCACCAAUCAGCACGCUGCUACCAUCACCUUACAGCAAGAUCACCGCACCCCGAAGGCCGCAGCGCUACAGUAGCGGGCAUGGCAGUGACAACAGCAGCAUCCUCAGCGGGGAGCUGCCGCCUGCCAUGGGACGCACAGCCUUGUUUUAUCACAGCGGGGGCAGCAGUGGCUACGAGAGCAUGAUCCGAGACAGCGAGACCACCGGCAGCACCUCGUCAGCACACGACUCCAUGAGCGAGAGCGGAGCGUCCUCGUCCAAUAGGAGCAGAGUGUCCAAAUCGCCCAAGAAGAGAGGAAACGGUUUCCAGCGGCGCCGUCUGAUCCCGGCUCCCCUCCCGGACACCUCGUCUCUGGGCAGGAAGGUGGGAGGUCAGUGGCUGGACCUGCCGCUGCUGGGCGGCGCCCUGAAGGAGCCCUUCGAGAUCAAAGUGUACGAGAUCGACGACGUGGAGCGCCUGCAGAGGAGGAAGGAGGCGGGGUCAGAGCUGUUCCACGACGUUGAAAAGGGUCUGCUCACUUUAACGCCCGGCUGAGGAUGCUGGAGAGGAGGCAGCCAGGCAGAUCAGAGAGCUGAAGAGCAAACAGGAGAGGCUGAAGGUGG